GCUGCAGCUGCAAUCUGCAGACGACGCCGAUCACUGAGAUGCAGCUGCAAUCCGCGAUCAGCAGCCCGUGAGCGUGAGCAGCAUCCACUUCCUUUUCCUUUUCCCCUCCCUCCAACCAUCGGCUCGCGGUUUGCCGUUGCCGUUGCCGGCCUCGUUCGCCUUUCCUUCUUUUCUAGCUCCGGACCUCCUUCCCUGGCCUCCACACAGAGAGAGAGAGAGAGAGAGAGAGAGAGAGAGAGCAAUCCAAGUCCAAGGCCUUGGCAAUCUGGCAAUGCCGCCGCCCGCCCAUUGGCUUCGCUAAAACCUAAACCCCCACCCAGUCCAGUCGAAUCCAGCCAGCGACCCUCACCCACCAUGCCUCGCCGCCCAGCACCAGGUCCAGGAGCCGCCUGGCCGUGCUUCCUCCUGCUCCACAUUGUCGCCCACCUCCACCUCGCCGCCAUUGCCAAUGCCGCCGACGCCGACGCCCUGCUCACCCUCAAGUCCUCCCUCGACCGCUCCGACCGCCUCCCGUGGCGCCCCGACACGGCGCCCUCCUUCUGCGCCUCCUGGCCCGGCGUGCGCCAGUGCGCACCCGCCGGCCGCGUCACCAAGCUCGUUCUCGAGGGCCUCAACCUCACGGGCUCCCUCACCGCCGCGCUCCUCGCCCCGCUCGCCGAGCUGCGGGUCCUCAGCCUUAAGUCCAACGCCCUCACGGGCCCCAUCCCGGACGCCCUCCCGCGCGCGCUCCCAAACCUCAAGCUCCUCUACCUCGCCGACAACCGCCUCCAGGGCCGCGUCCCCGCAACGCUCGCCCUGCUCCAUCGCGCCACCGUCAUCGUCCUCUCCGGAAACCGACUCACGGGCCAGAUCCCGCCCUCCCUCGCCGCCCUGCCCCGCCUCACCUCGCUGCUCCUCGACCGCAAUCUGCUCACCGGCGCCGUCCCGUCCUUGGGGCAGCCCACGCUCAGGGCGCUCAACGUCUCCGCCAACCGCCUCUCGGGGGAGAUCCCCCGCGCGCUCGCCGCUAGGUUCAACGCCUCGUCCUUCCUCCCCAAUGCCGGCCUCUGUGGCGCUCCGCUCGCCGUCCGCUGCGUCCCCGGUGCCGACGGGCCCAGCCCUGCGCCGCUUACCGCGGCCACGGCGGCGUUCGCGCCCCUGCCCCCGCCCCGGACCAAGACUCGCCGCGGCAAGAACGCCGCCGUCGUGGCCGGAGCCACCGUGGCAGGGGUGGUGGUGCUGGCCAUCCUCGUGGCGGCGGCGCUCAUGGCGUCGCGGCGCGGGAGGAACAAGCGCGUCGCCGGCGACGUGGACAAGGGCGGCGGCGGUAUAGUGGCGGCGGAGGAGGAGGAGCACCAGGCACAGCAGCAUCAUAAUCAUGCAUCCUCCGCGGCAACGGCGGCGGCGACGACAGCCGGGGCGGCCGUGGGCGUCGGCGGGCGGGAGUUCUCGUGGGAGCGCGAGGGAAUCGGCAAGCUGGUGUUCUGCGGCGGCGUGGCGGAGAUGUACAGCCUGGAGGAGCUGCUGCGCGCGUCGGCCGAGACGCUGGGGCGCGGCGAGGUGGGCAGCACGUACAAGGCGGUCAUGGAGACAGGGUUCAUCGUGACGGUGAAGCGGAUGCGCGACCCGUCGGCGGGUGGGGUGGGCGCGGCCGAGUUCGGGCGGCGCGCAGAGGAGCUGGGGCGGGUGCGGCACCCAAACGCGGUGGCGCUGCGGGCCUACUUCCAGGCUAAGGAGGAGCGGCUGCUGGUGUACGACUACUUCCCAAACGGAAGCCUCUUCUCCCUCGUGCACGGGUCGCGGCCGCCCAGCAAGGGCAAGCCACUGCACUGGACAUCGUGCAUGAAGAUCGCAGAGGAUGUUGCAGCGGGGCUGGUGCACCUCCACCAGUCGAGCAUCGUGCACGGCAACCUGAAGCCCUCCAACGUCCUCCUAGGCCCCGAUUUCGAGUCGUGUCUCACCGACUACGGCCUGGUGCCGACACUGCUACCCUCCAAUGCCGAGCUCCACUCCUCGUCCUCGAGCUCCCUGUUCUACCGCGCCCCAGAGGUACGUGGCGCCCACGCCACGUCCUCCACGCCUGCAACAGACGUGUACAGCUUCGGGGUGCUCCUACUGGAGCUCCUGACGGGCCGGACACCGUUCCAGGACCUCAUGGAGCUGCAUGGCGAUGACAUCCCCAGCUGGGUGCGUGCGGUGCGUGAGGAGGAGAGGGAGACGGAGUCCGGAGGGGAGUCUGUGUCUGCCGGUGGUGCCGAGGAGAAGCUCACGGCGCUGAUCAACAUUGCCGCGAUGUGCGUGGCUGCGGACCCGGCCAGGCGGCCCACCAUGGUGGAGCUGCUCCGGAUGGUGAGGGAGGCGAGGGCUGAGGCCAUGUCAUCGUCCAACAGCAGCGACCGGUCACCAGCUCGGUGGUCCGAUGCCAUGCUGGGCGUGCCGCGGGAUCAGGCUGCGGAGAGCUUCACGGACAGGGAAAGAGACUGACGAGCUCCGUCAUGCUUUCCCCUGUUACUGGAGUAUUAUUACUGUUAUGUUAUAGUAGGCUAGACUAGAAGAAGGCAUAGGCCAUAGGAUUGAGAGUUGUGGUUCCUUCCUUUGUGUAAGAUGAGAAUGAGAUGGAUUGGAUUGGUUUUGGUGUAAAAUCUUGUUUCCAUUUUCUUUUCAUCAGAGACUGAUGAGAUACCAAAGCAAAGCAAAGCAAGCAAGCUAAGAUUGCUUCCUGCAGGUCUGCAGCUCAAGCUGCAGCCGGUGUUUUAUGUUUAUCUUCCA